AAAAAUGAAAGAUGAUUGACAGAAAUUUCAGAAAAACAUUUGUAAAUUCUAUAAAGGGGUAAAAAUGAUAUAAAAAUAUUAUUUGACUAGUUGUAAAUAUUAAAUAGUAACAGUACUGUGAUAUUUGUAAUGGCUGAUGAAGGGUCUGAUCAAGAGCUUCGAAAAACCCUUCAUAUGAUCCAAUCCAUGAUAGAUGUUUCUGCUCAACGUUUAGAAGGACUAAGGACACAAUGUGCAACCAGUGCAGAAUUGACCCAACAAGAAAUACGAACACUUGAAGCAAAACUAAUAACAAUGUUCUCCGAACAAUUAGUGAUAAAGUUAAAGAUAAAAAGCGGCCGUGAUGAGCACAUACCAUCUCUUACACAGUGGCUACAAGUUGUCGGUUUGGAAAAACCUAGUAUAUUUUGUUUGUGUCAGAAGUUAUCUUCAGUCGAAGAAUUACAGGAAAAAACCGAUUUUGAAUUGAAAACUAUAUUAUUGGAUAAAGGCUCCAAACCCGAAGAGUUUGCCAAACUUUGCAGGGCCUUGCAUAAUUUGAAAAGAUACGUCACUAAAUUAAAAAAGGGGGAUGCGGAUUCUAACGACAUCUCCGACCUCCAUUGGGACUCGUGGGUACCCGACCACAAUCACCAAGUUAAAACGGGCCUGUCCCCGAGACCGGGCAGAUCGAGAGCCGCAAGAACCUCGGUACCUUCCGAAGAGAGCCUCGGCUUGAACAACAACAACAACAGGGGAGGUGCGAUUAUUCCUCCGUCGUCUUCGGUGUCUAGUAUUGACACGUUGAAUGCUCAAUGUAAUGUGCUUGGACCUCCCUUAACCCCGCCAGGUCAUGCUAGGGGGAAAGCCAAUACUGUUAUCGUGGAUUUAGGUUCGAAAUUUCCAACAACACCGCCGGCUAGAAGGAGACAUCAGACUGGUAACGUGCCGACCCUGCUCCCCGAAUAUCCCCUAACGAAGAGCAAAUCGCACGAGUCUCAACUGGCAGCGGGUAAAGGAGAAGCCGAUUCGAAGUAUUCAAACGGCACCGGGUCAGUCGGUAGAAGAGGCAGGCUUCCGACCGAACCGGGUCCUGAUACGAUGGGCUACAGCAGCCCGCUUACUACGAGCCCUAUUAAAUCGCCUCCGUAUAACCACUCAUCUGCGGGUAACAGCGAUGAUGGCAGUUACAAAUCUAUAAGUUUAUCAGUUCCUCCGAAGUCUCCUCGAACGCCUACGGUAGGCGUUGGUAGGAUAAUGACGCACCAAAUCAGCCACAGGUUUACGAAAACCUUCAAAAUGAUGUCGUCGUGCGGUUACUGCCAAAAGCCGAUAUUCGGCAAAGGGUUGAAGUGCAAAGAGUGCAAUUACACCUGCCACAGAGAUUGCGAAGAUAAGGUGACACCUUCCUGCGGACUGCCGGCCGAAUUACUUAACGAAUUUAAGAAAAAUAUGACAAUGGAUGGCGGCAAUCCUUUCAUAUCUCCUACUCCUAGUCGAGCGACCGGGAAAACUAUCAUUAAUUUGUACAGGCGAAGGAAAAACUCUCAUCCGCAGAAUUCGAUAAACACUCCUCCGUUUCCUCCGCCCGAUUCCAGUUCAAAUACAUCGAGUUGCAACAGCUCGACGCCAUCGAGCCCAGCCGUUCAAAUAUUGAACACACCGCAGUCAAGUCAGAGAUCCUCGUUUCAUUUCCCAGAUGUUACAGUGGGCGAACCAACCUCCGAGGUAACAUUGGAAACGCACCCUCUACCGCCAGCUCCGCUGUUUCAUCGCGACGUGAUCAAUUCCCAGCAAAUGACCGACAGCGAGAGGACGGCUUCGCAAACAUCGGAAAGUACCAGCACCGAUUCCGACAAAACGCCGGUUAGAGUAGACUCACAGGAUAGCCAAGUGUCCGAUAGUGAUACUAUAACGGACGGGCACCGAUGGCCUCGACAGAAUAGCUUGUCGAUGAGAGAAUGGGACAUUCCGUUCGACGAGUUGAAAAUGAACGACGUGAUAGGCAAAGGUAGAUUUUGCACGGUGUACAGAGGCCAAUGGCACGGCGACGUGGCCGUCAAAGUGCUGAACGUGAUUUAUUUGAAGGACGAGAAAACGUUGGACCAUUUCAAGAACGAGGUGUCGACGUUCCGGAAGACGCGCCACGAGAAUUUGAUUCUGUUCAUGGGCGCUUGCAUGAAGCCGCCCAAGCUGGCCAUCGUGACGAGCUUGAGCAAAGGCAUGACCUUGUACACUCACAUACAUUUGAGAAAGGAUAAAUUUAAUAUGAACAAGACGACGAAUGUGGCGCAACAGAUUUCUCAGGGUAUGGGCUACCUUCACGCCAAAGGUAUUAUUCACAAAGAUUUGAAAAGUAAAAAUAUAUUCAUAGAAAACGGUAAAGUCGUCAUCACGGAUUUUGGUCUCUUCAGUGUAACGAAAUUGUGCUUCGGAAACAAAGAUACGGACAGUUUGGGUAUUCCACCGGGUUGGUUGUGCUACCUGGCGCCCGAAAUAAUGAAAAGUUUACACGCUCAUCAACCUCACGAUGAAGAAUUGCCUUUUAGCAAAGCUUCCGAUGUUUACGCUUUCGGAACCGUGUGGUACGAAUUGCUGUGCGGAGAAUGGCCGUUCAAAGGUCAACCUCCUGAAGCUGUGAUAUGGCAGGUGGGAAAAGGGAUGAAACAACCACUAGCCAAUCUUCAAGCGUCUAGAGAUGUGAAGGAUAUCUUAAUGCUGUGCUGGUCAUUUCACGCCGACGAUAGACCGGAUUUCGUUAGGUUACUCAAUAUUUUGGAUAAAUUGCCGAAGAAGCGGCUGGCGCGGAGCCCGUCUCAUCCUAUACAUCUUUCUAGAUCUGCGGAAUCUGUAUUCUAAAAUUGAAUGUUGUUCAUGUGUUGCCCGAUGUCUGCUGGGCACGUGGUAUACAAAAGUGAUUUUAGUGUGAUUUUGUAAAUAUAACAACUACAACGCGAAUCCUCACAUUCGAUUGAAAUGAAGAUUCUGAGAUGACGUUGUUUUUGUUUGGAAAAUGUGUAUUUAAUUUUGAAAUCCAGAACCUUUAGCACAAACUCGCACUGUAGAUAAUAAAUAAAAUGUAUUUUAUUCUCCAGCUUUAAAUAUUCUCAUAAAAUCUACUUAUUCGUGAAAUUUAUCUGUACAACUCGAAUUUUUACUACUUACGUAACAAAUUUCAUUUCUUUAAGUUAUUAUGGAGAACAUGAUGGAUAAUAUUUAAAGCUAUUUUUGAAUUAAUAAUUAUGAUAGUACAAAGUAUAAUUCUAAAGUAAAUCUGGAUUUGGAAUCUUCAAGUUUUUUAGCUGUAAUUAAUAUUUUAAACUAUUAAUUACAGCAUAAUUGUUUGAAUUCUCUGAAAACAAGUGUUUGUAUUUCUAAAUUACGAGUUCCAGGAGUAUUUAUUCAAUAGAAAACAAAUACAUACACUUAUAUUCAACGUUUUUAAACUUUCGUCUUAAAAGUCUAUUAUAAUAUAGUACAAUUUUGAGGCUUAACAUUUUCGGCCCAUAUCUUACUAUCUUCUCGUACAUCAACUGUAAUUUUAAUCUGUAAUGUAUAAUAUUUUAUUUAAUAACGUUUUAAAAACGUCGUUUUGUACAUACGUGUUUAAUACCUUUUUUUAACUCAAUUGUUGAGUGUAUUUUUUUAUAUUUGACGAAAGGUACUCAAAAUAUUCAGUAUUUAUAUACAAGGUGAGUAUAAAACCGGUUUACUCUUUGGUAAUUGCAUUAGUUAACUCACCUUGUAUAAAUGCCUUGUAAAUAUAGGAUAUUAAUUCAAGGGACUUUUCUUUGUAAAUAUAUUCUGAUCUGUUUGAUGUACACAUUAUUAAUGUAUCUUGAUGUAAAAAAUAAAAAUAAUGCGUACAUUAUAAACGGAAACAGUUAUGUGUAAAGUUGAAAUGCAUUCCUAAACAUGUUUCUUUGACUCUAGUCAGUUUGUAAACAUUUUACAAAAAUUGAAAAGACCGUCGAGUCUUUUGAAUUUUUAAAUCUACUUAUUAUGCUACUGUAAUAAAGACUAGGGUAGGUAAAUAAAAAAUUGAAUUGUUAAUUGGUUAUUACGUACUUACUCUGUACAUGUUGUUAGAAUAGGAUU